AUGUCCAAGCCAACAGCCAACUGGGAAAAGGUCGGCGACAAGUUUUAUAGGAAGGUGCAGCUCUACCAGGCUGUCUUCGACGCGGAUCUCGAGCUCGAGAACUACAAUGUGGUGGGGGCGCCGUAUAGCGGUGCUGUAGCUGUCUACCGCGAUGAGGAGAAGCUGCACACCUACCGUGGUCCUGGCGCGUCCAAAUCAAGCAUCGACAUCUACAGCUGCGCAGGCAAGCUGAUACGCAGCAUCAACUGGGACAAAGGCACAAUCAAGGGCCUGGGAUGGUCGGAAGACGAGAAGCUGCUGGUCAUCACCUCGGACGGAACGGUGCGCUGCUACUACGACCUUCAAGGCGAUUUCGUGCCCUUCACCCUCGGCCACGGCGCAGACGAAUACGGUGUGGUGUCCUGCAAAUUCUACAACACCGGCUUUGUAGCGCUUCUCGGGAACAACCAUCUCAUCUCAGUCACCUCGUACGCCGAACCGCGCCCCAAACUCCUCGCCAUACCGCCGACCGAACCCGUCAUAUCAUGGAGCAUCAUACCGCCUGCCUACUCGCUCUCGCGAUCGGUGGAAGUCAUACUAGCGAUUGGCUCCACGCUGUACGUCGUCGAUGCAACCGAGGCAGAAGAUCGCAACUUCGAUGCCGGACCGUUCAGGCACAUCAGCGUCAGCCCGCGCGCAGAGUUCCUGGCCUUCUACACGGAGGAUGGAAAGGUGUGGGUUGUCAGCGGCGACUGGAACGACAAGCUGAGCGAGUACGACAGCAAGAUCAAGACAGUGCCAAAGGAUAUGGAAUGGUGCGGCUCGAAUGCUGUCGCGUUAGCUUGGGAAGACGAAGUACACCUGAUCGGCCCUAGAAGUGCCGCGACCAAGUUCUACUACGACACCUGGGUGCAUCUAUUGCCCGAUGUAGAUGGCAUACGACUCCUCACGAACGACGUCUGCGAGUUCAUACAAAAGGUGCCGGAUGAGGCGGUGGACGUCUUCAGGCUAGGCUCCGACUCGCCUGCUGCAAAUCUGCUAGAGGCGUCUUCGCUACUAGAACAAAAGAGCCCCAAGGCAGACGAUCUUAUACAAUUGAUACGACCGAGUCUGGGCGAGGCGGUGGAUACAUGCAUCAAGGCCGCUGCGCAUGAGUACAACAUCCAUUGGCAGAAGUCGCUGUUAAAAGCGGCUUCGUACGGAAAGUCAGUACUGGAUUUGUACUCGUCUGACGACUUUGUCGAUACGUGCGACACACUACGAGUUCUGAACGCCGUACGCUUCUAUGAGGUUGGCCUGCCACUGAGCUACGAUCAGUAUCGCCGCAUGACGCCUGAGAAGCUCGUUGAGCGUCUUACGAAUCGCAGCGAAUAUCUUCUCGCAUUGCGCAUAGCCGAGUAUCUGCAUCUUCCAGCAAACCAGAUCCAUGGACACUGGGCGCAGCAAAAGGUGCGCGUGUCGACUGACCCAGAAGAAGAGAUUUGCAGUCUCAUAGUCAAGAAACUGCAUGGCAAGCCCGGUGUCUCAUUCGAAGAGAUUGCACGGGCGGCCUACGAUGAAGGUCGCGUGCGACUGGCGACCGAACUCCUCAACUACGAACCCAGAGCCGGCAAGCAAGUACCGCUGCUACUCAACAUGAAGGAGGACAAUAUUGCCCUGGACAAGGCGAUUGAGUCCGGCGAUACCGAUCUCAUCUUCCAUGUUCUUCUACAUCUACGCAAGAAGCUACCUCUUGCCUCCUUCUUCCGCGUCAUCAACAGCCGACCCGUCGCCACAGCUCUAGUAGAGUCGUCAGCCUGGGACCAAGACCGCGAGCUACUGAAGGAUCUCUACUACCAAGACGAUAGGAGGUUAGACGGCUCGAACCUCCUUCUAUCCGAAGCAAUCGCUCAGGAAAGCCAUUCAGCCCAGCAAGACAAACUAAAAUUAGCGUCAAAGUACCUCCAGGACUCUCGCGACAGCGCUGCCGUCUUCCAGCGCCAAGCUAUCGACGAUGCCGCCAAACUGCUCCGUCUUCAGACGCAGUUCGAAACAGACCUCAACGGUCCGAGAGACCCAACACCUGCAGGCUCGUUACCAGGUCAAACCUAUAUUGGCCUCUCAGCAAACGAGACAAUCUUCCAACUCAUCCGCCAAGGCCACUACAAGCGCGCCCAAAAGGUGCAGUCAGAGUUUAAAAUCAACGACAAGACAUAUACAUAUAUCCGCCUCCGCGCCCUCGUCGCAGCACGGCACUGGAACGAGCUGGAAGAAUUCGCAAAGCAGAAGAAGAGCCCGAUUGGUUGGGAGCCCUUCUUCAACGAGGUUCUCGGUGCGGGAAACACUAGAGUGGCGAGUGUGUUUAUCCCCAAGUGCACGACGCUGACGGUGCCUGAGAGGGUCGAUAUGUGGAUCAAGUGUGGGUUGAUGGUUAAGGCGGGUGAGGAGGCGUUUAAAGCGAAGGAUAGGGAGCUGUUGCAGGAGAUUAGGGAUAAGGCUGGGGGGAGUGCGGCGGUGGAGGUGGAGAGGUUGUUGGGCAUGUUGCCGCAGGGGAAGAGGUAGGGUGUUGGCUUUGUGGUCGGGUUAUGUGUAUGACUGGCGCAGUGUUAGAUAUGAAUAUGGGCCGGUGUAUAGCAAUCAUUUCUGUGUAGAGUUUGAAUCGAUGUUCACGUAUGAC